AUGUUCAUUCUUGGCAAGAUUGCUAAAAAUGAAGCUGAAGGUAAAGAACAGGCGUUUGACCGUACAGACAAAGUACGAUACCAGAAGGUGGUCGAUGAGUACAAGGAAUACCAGGCCACCCUAUCAAAACCCCCAAAGGCAAUGAAGAGGGAUCGGUCUCAGGACGAGACGGCCCAUACUUCAAAAAGCAAGGUAGCGAGAACAAUUUGUACUAGUAAACCGUCAACAAGUGCGAUAAGGGCAUAUAACGAAGUUGCAAGGGAUGAGCUACAGGUGGCGCUCAUUGAUGAUAUUACCGGCAAUGGAAAAAAGGUGCUGAAGAAAUGGGGUGAGAUUGAGCCCAAACUGGCUGAAAUGGUGAUGGAACACUUUUUAACAAUUCUAGACGCCCCCACACCAGGCUUUGAUUCUUUAGAAGUGGUUCGUGGUUGCAGGGUCUUCAAAUGUGAUGACCAGCUAUCCAAAGUAUUUCUUGGCAACUGCAUUGCUAAGGUAAGUGAUGCAUGCGAAGGUUUAAGGCUAAAACCUAUCCCAGCCAACGAUAUCCCUAGAAGACCAAGUGUACGAUUUGAGUCUAAUAAUUUAUUAAUACGCGCACGGGCGAUUUUCAAUGACUACAGAAUAAAAAAAACAACGAAAUUUAAAGUGUGA